GCCACCGCCUCCUGCUGCAGCUGAGGAGGCAAAAGAUGGCUCUGCUGAAGAACAGCUUUAAAGUCUUCACCUUGUUGCUCUCACUGGCUCUCGCUGCUGUUUUCUGCGGGACUGCCCUGUCAGGAUGGUCGCUGAGGACAAAGGGACUCGUGGAGGAGCUGCCAAGUGUAUUUCCGGAAGGACUGAAAACCCUCUGGAAUUCACACACUUUGAUUGAAACCCAGAAGUUGCAGAAUCUGCUGCAAGAGGUCACUCAGCUGAGGGCAGAGAUCAGUAGUUUGAAGGAAUUCACCCAGAUGGCUCUGGAAUCCUGUGUCAAGACUGACUGGGCCCUUAAGAGCUCUGGAGCCACCAUUGACACACAAAGAACUUCCCAGACCUACGACUGCAAGGACAGUUGUGUCUGCAGGUUUUUGCGUUUCUUCUGGCCUGCCAGCCCUCCUGAUACUAUUCUGCAGCCAAAUGUUCUCCCAGGAAACUGCUGGCCUUUCAAAGGGCAUCAGGGGCAGGUUGUCAUCAGGUUGCCAGCACGAGUCUACCUGACUGCCAUCACAGUGCAGCACAUCACCAAAGAGGCCUCUCCAAGUGGGACCAUCAUCAGUGCCCCCAAAGACAUUGCUGUCUUUGGAGUGGAUGCAGACAGAGAAGAGGAAACUCUCCUGGGGAUGUUCACCUACAAUGUGGAAAAAGACCCCAUUCAGACUUUUCCUCUGAAGAACAUGCUGCUCCCCAGAGCCUUUUCACAUGUCAAACUUCUUGUGAAGAGCAACUGGGGGAAUCCAUGGUAUACCUGCAUUUACCGAGUGAAGGUUCAUGGAAAGAUGGAAAACCAGAAAGCCUCAACCAAGGGCCCAGAUAUAUAAAGAAGAAAACACAAAAGAAGAAGAAAGGGCAAGGGGAAGAAGGGAAAUGGGGGGAAUAAUGCAGCAGCCCAAUGUUGAUUUUAGACGAUGCAUGUGGGACUGUGUCAGGAACAGAGUGGAAGCCACAAGUCCAGGGUUUAAGACAAUGGCAGAAUUCAUGGAAACAUCUACUCUUUAACCAUGGAUGUGUAGUGAGAGGCUCAUUUGUGCCAGAGCCUAGCACUACUGACUAAAAUAAAUAAAGCUGCAGGUC